GAAGCUUCCGCUUUUUUUGAUUUAUUUUAUUUUUGAGUAUCUGACCGUUGCUCCACAGCGAACUGGAAAGUUCCGCCAUUCAUUUACUACAUAAUAAUUAUUUACCCAUACUCUUAAGAGGUUCAUACGGUUAGUCUAAUAGGGCAAUAUGUGUGUUCCUCCAGACUCCGUAGUUUCUCGACACACAUCCCAGUCACCGCUGCCAUGUGCCCAACUCCCCCGUUCCCUGCUCCGCCCAGUUUCUCGUCGCAUCUCCACUCCCUCGCAGGGUACUCGCCAUUCCUCGACCGUCUAUAAAUACCGCCCAGCCCAGCCCAAUCUUCCUUCUCUGCUCCUCUCCUCCCCUCUUCUCCCAAACCCCAAGCCCCAUCCGUUCCAUUUACAGAAUAAGGCAUAUGUUCCCGGCCUUUUCGUACCUCCCGCGCGGUAAGAAGCACCAAGAAAGUCAGCAACCUAUUUCUCUUCCGCUUGGGCCUUUCCCUCGCCCACCUUUGGCGGGAACUCGGUCUCGCCGAUUUUCGUUUUCGGAGCACAUGUGCACCAUUGGUCCUUGGGGAUGUGGCCCAUCACUGAGGGGACGUGCUGGCCGCAGCCGCGCCAGGUUUUCUUCUCUAGAGAUAUGGGGAAAAAAGGAGGAGUUAGUUCCGAAGCUGGUUUAUCGAGAGACGUUGCUUGCGGUGGAUGUGGACAUACCGCAGACACUACAGGUGGCUUGCAUGCACAUCUUGACGACUGUGGUUUUGCUGUUUCUCUUUGGUUCUUGACUAAACUGUAGGACGGUUGACAGGACGAAUGGUUAGCCGGGGCAUGCCCUUUUGGUUCCUUUAAAUCGAGGGGUUCGGUUUUUACCCACGGAUUUGAUUUUGGGCUCGUGACUUGUAGAUUGAACCGCUUAUUAACUAACUACAGCUUGAAUAGUUAUACAAGGGGACUUGUGUAAGGAUGGAAAAAAUUACUUGUUGGAUCUCCAAA